CCAAGCAAUGCCAAGUUCACUGAUACGAUGCCAACAACAAAUAAAUUCUGCGCAUUGCCCCUGCCGCGGGCGAACUGGCCUGGGACGGUGAUUGACGAGUUUGGCCGUUUGAUAUCAGAAAAGAACUUGUGCCUACCAAAAGCGAUGUCUUGCGUAUGAUCAUUUGAACCCGCAUUGACGUCGUGUUAUCUGUUUUCUGAGCGUGUCGAUUCAACAGGAAGUUAUUUGUGAGGGAUUGUGCUAAAGCACACGCAAUCGAUAUGGGAUUUCUUAAGCACUUGGUUGGGGUUUUGCAGCUUCUAGUUCUUCGGACCCAUGCAAUCAGCCUCGACCUCACGAGUUCUGCCUCUGUCAAGGAGGCAGCAGCGACUAUUGCCUAUGGAUUGGUCAAGUUCUACACUGGAAACAAUACUGGAGAUGUGCCAGGAAAUCUUCCAGAUCCAUACUACUGGUGGCAGGCCGGAGCAAUGUUUGGGUCGUUACUCGACUAUUGGUCAUACACCGGCGACGAGUCUUACAACAAUAUCACUUACCAAGCAUUGUGGCACCAGCGUGGUGAUGACUAUGAUUAUAUGCCAGACAAUCAGACUCGCAGUCUAGGCAAUGACGACCAGGGCUUCUGGGCGUUGACCGCAAUGUCGGCGGCUGAGCUCAACUUCACUAACCCUCCAGAUGGCGAACCAGGCUGGCUUGGUCUGACACAGGGCGUGUUCAAUGAGUACGUUACUCGUUGGGAUGAGGCCAAGGAUACCUGUGGUGGUGGCCUCCGGUGGCAGAUCUUCACAUUCAACAAUGGAUACAACUACAAGAACUCCAUCUCGAACGGGUGCUUCUUCAACAUCGCUUCUCGGCUAGCUCGGUUCACCGGAAACACAACAUAUGAGGAAUGGGCGGAAAAGAUUUUCGAUUGGGAGCUCAAUGUUGGAUAUAUCUCUGACGAAUGGCAAGUCCGCGACGGAGCCGGUAAUGCAGGAACUGCCAACUGCACGGAGAUCAACGGCGCUCUGUUUUCAUAUAACGCAGGCAUCUUCUUGCACGGUGCGGCAUACAUGUACAACAUGACCGAAUCCGACACUUGGAAACUCCGCGUGGAGUCGUUGGUCGACAGCAUAGCCACGACCUUUUUUACGGGGGGUAUAAUGUGGGAACUUCCAUGCGAAGCGACGGCCACAUCCUGUAACAACGAUCAGCGCAUGUUCAAGGGGUUCCUCUCUCGCUGGAUGGCCGCUACCGCGAUGCUUGCGCCGUUUGUCUAUGAUAAGAUCAUGCCACUUCUAGAAGCGAGUGCAACCGCUGCUGCUGAGCACUGCGUGAGCCAUACGGGAACCAAUUUCAAGGGUCACCCCGGUACUGCUUGCACUUUCAGCUGGUUUGAGGACUCGGCAUACGAGGAUACUACGGGCGUGGGCGAGCAAAUGAACGCCAUGUCCGUCAUCAUGAGCACGCUGGUCGACGAAGCGAAAACACCAUACACAUCUGCGACUGGCGGCUCGUCCGCAGGAAACAUCGAAGGAGGCACGAGCGACUCGUCCAAGUACCAAUAUCUAAAGGAUAUCACAACGGCGGACAAGGUUGGCGCCGGUAUUCUGACGGCGCUGAUACUGGGAGUACUGAUCGCGGGCCUGGUGUUCAUGAAUUUAGAUUGAACCUUUCAUUUUCAACAGCAAUAGAAUUCGUCACUUCUAAGGAGAC